AGUUAUAUGGGAAUUUGCCACUAAGAGAGGAGCAUUUCCUUGCAUCCGUUUUCUCAACUGCUCAAAUGGUGGAAUGAAUGAUAAUCCUUUCUCAAAUGGUACUGAGUUAGUAAGGUACUAAGCAGUGUUUGUGUGUGUGUGUGUGAGAGAGAGAGAGAGAGAAAGAGGAGACAUUGAGAUCUGAGCAGAAUGAGAGGGAGUGAGUGAGUGAAUGGGGGGGUUUUGCUUGCAAAAGAAGGGUUGAAUUGUUUGAGGAAGCUUUCAGUUCUCCAUUCUAACGGUUGAACAUGAAUCUUUUGCUUUUACAAUAAAUACUGAAGAAGACCAUCCUUUUCUCUCUUAUUCUUUCUUUUCUUUUCAUCACUUUGGAAAAUCCCCUCACUGCGUAUUCCUCAAGUUUUUCCGUUAAAGAUCUCUCUUUCUCUCUCCUAUUUAUAAUGGCUUCUCAUUCUUUCUUUUCUCUACUCUCUUCUUCUUCUUCUUAAGCUUGGCUUCAACAUCACAAUUCACACCAUUUCCAUUCAGGGGAAGAAGAGUGUUGUGAUUACAAUACUACAUGAAUUAUGAAGCCACAGAUAUACUGUGUGGUGGCUUUAUUGUUCCUUAUAAGUAUCUUCACUGAACCAACCAUGGCUGAUUUAGAUUCAGAUAAAAAGGCCCUCCUUGACUUCAUUUCAGCUGUUCCUCAUGGCCAUAAAGUUAACUGGGAUCCAUCUACACCUGUGUGCACAACUUGGGUUGGUAUCAAUUGCACAUUGAAUGGCUCUAAUGUUAUUUCCAUUCGGCUUCCUGGUGUUGGAUUGUAUGGCCCAAUUCCUGCCAACACACUUGAGAAGCUGGAUACACUUAUGAUACUUAGUCUUCGAUCCAACCGACUCAAUGGGACUCUUCCAUCUCAUCUUCUAUCCCUUCCUUCACUUCGCUUUGUAUAUCUUCAAAACAAUGAUUUUUCGGGUAGUAUUCCUGCUUCUCUAUCUCAACAUCUCACUGUUUUUGAUCUAUCCUUCAACUCCCUUAGUGGCAAGAUUCCAAAUAGUGUUCGAAAUCUAUCACAUCUCACUGGGCUGAAUCUCCAAAACAACUCCCUUACUGGAUCUAUCCCUGACUUUAACCUUCCUAAGCUAAAGCAUUUGAAUCUGAGCUACAACCACUUAAGUGGUUCAAUUCCUACUGCCCUUAGGGUGUUUCCCGCUGCUUCAUUUGAAGGGAACAUGAUGUUAUGUGGGUCUUCUCCUCUAAAACAAUGCAUUUCGCCUUCUCUUUCUCCUUCUCCAUCUCAUUUACCAUCCGAGCCAACAGCCCCUCCUAAAAACCGAAAUGUCUCAAAAAGGAAACUUAGCGAAGGGGCUAUUAUUGCUAUUGCAGUUGGGGGUGGAUUUGCAUUGCUUUUCGUUUUAGUUUUGUUGACGUUGCUUUGUUGUUUGAAGAAAAAAGGCAGAGAAGACAGUAGUGGUGUAGCAAAAUCAAAGACGGGAAGGAGUGAGCCACCGAAGGAGGAUUUUGGGAGUGGAGUCCAAGAGGCUGAGAAGAACAAGUUGGUUUUUUAUGAAGGUUCGUCUUAUAAUUUUGAUCUGGAGGAUCUACUUAGAGCUUCAGCUGAAGUGUUGGGGAAAGGGAGUUAUGGGACAACAUAUAAGGCCAUCUUGGAGGAGGGCACAACUGUAGUGGUUAAGAGGUUAAAAGAAGUUGUGGUGGGGAAAAAGGAGUUCGAACAACAAAUGGAGAAUGUGGGGAGGGUUAGUCAGCACCCGAAUGUUGUGCCUCUUCGUGCUUAUUACUAUUCGAAAGAUGAGAAACUUCUUGUUUAUGACUACAUAUCGUCGGGUAGUUUUUCAGCAUUGCUACAUGGAAUCAAGGAUGGUGGACAAAGUCCUCCGCCAGAUUGGGAAACCAGGCUUAAAAUUGCCAUUGGCUGUGCAAAGGGCAUUGCCCAUAUCCAUUCUGCUGGUGGAGGAAAAUUCAUCCAUGGAAACAUCAAGUCAACCAAUGUACUCUUAAGUCAAGACAACAAUGGUUGCAUCUCAGAUUUUGGCCUUGCUCCUCUUAUGAACUUCCCCACUGUCCCUUCUCGAAGCAUAGGCUAUCGAGCCCCUGAGGUGGUUGAAUCUCGGAAAUUUACCCAGAAAUGUGAUAUCUAUAGUUUUGGGGUUCUUCUCCUUGAGAUAUUGACAGGAAAGGCACCAGUUCAAUCGCCAGGACGUGAUGACAUUGUUGAUCUCCCAAGAUGGGUUCAGUCUGUGGUUAGAGAGGAAUGGACAGCUGAGGUUUUCGAUGUAGAGCUCAUGAAGUAUCAAAAUAUAGAAGAGGAGUUGGUACAGAUGCUUCAGGUAGCAAUGGCAUGUGUGGCGACAGUGCCAGACAUGCGACCAACAAUGGAGGAAGUUGUUAGGAUGAUUGAAGAAAUCCGACCUUCUGAUUCUGAGAGUGCACCAGAAGAGAAUAAAUCGAAAGACCCCUCAGUUAGUACUCAUACCCCAUAGUUGAGUUAUAUGUUGAUGACUGAUUCUCUGACUAGUCUUAGAUUAGUAUAGCUUAAUUUGAUUGUCAUUCUUUCUCCUAAGUUAGUUGCAGAACAUUUGUGAUUUAUUAGCCUUGUCUGCACUGUUGUUAUAUCAUUUUCUGUAAAUGUCAUAUUUCUCAGGCUUUUCAUUUCUCUGUAUUGUUCAAACUUGUAGUAAAAGAAAAAUGUCUUCUGUACCACAUUAUCGAGAUCAAAUAAUGUCAUCGAAAAACUCGAUGAAUGUCUCAAGAGCUAACUGCAAGAGGGAUUUGUUAUGAUCAUUGUGAAAUCAGCAAUUGUCUGAACCAAACCUGUUGAUAUUUCGUCCAUGAAAAAUGCUUGCUGCUGCAA